AUGUCCGAUGAAGAAGAUUUUGACUGCCCCUUGUGCAUGGAGGAGCUCGACAUCUCGGACCGGAACUUCCGUCCCUGUCCCUGCGGUUAUCAAAUUUGCCGCUUCUGUUGGCACCAUAUCAAGGAGGAUCUCAAUGGUCGCUGCCCCGCCUGUCGACGAGUGUAUACGGAGGAAACAAUCGAGUUCACGCCUAUUUCUGCAGAUGAGCUAGCCAUGAUCAAGAAUGAGAAAAGACAAAAGGAGCGCGAAAAGAAGGAAAUUGAGGCCAUGAACAGGAAGCAUCUUGCCAACAUGAGGGUUGUGCAAAAGAGUUUGGUCUACGUGAUUGGUCUUCCAACCAAGCUGGCGAAUGAUGAGCACACAUUGAGGCAACAUGAAUACUUCGGCCAAUAUGGUAAGAUCGCAAAGGUCGUCAUCAAUCGCAGGAACGCGCCCAUACCAUCAGGAGGGUCUUCUCCAGGCCCAGCCAGCGUGGGAGUCUAUAUUACUUACGUUCGAAAAGAGGAUGCCGCAAAGGCAAUUGCUGCCAUCGACGGUAGUAUAUGGGAUGGCAAGAUUCUUAGAGCAUCCUAUGGCACCACUAAGUACUGCACGUAUUAUUUACGGGGCAUGUCCUGUCAGAAUCCAGGAUGCAUGUAUUUGCAUGAGCCAGGCGAGGAUGCAGACAGUUAUACGAAGGAGGAUCUUGCUGUUGGGUAA